AUGGCGGCGAUGGCAGAACCAUGGAGAGGAGGCAGCGGGGGUCUUGACGGCGGAAAGGAAGCAUUCACGGUGACAGUGGCGGCAGCAACUCCGGUGAGUCAGCAACGGCAGGUUGCUGUGUCAGCCACCGGAAAUACAUCUAAACACCACCACCCUUACGGUGACACAUGGUAUUCGGAGCGGCAGCAACGAAAUGCACACAGCCUCCGACUAGGACCCAACAGCAGCGACGUCGUAGUUUCUCGGCGGCGAAGGAGUAGCGACAGCGGGAUCUAA